AUGGCAACAAAAGAGAUAUUAGAUAAACGACAAAUAUAUAACAGAGAUGAACUUGAGAAGUUGAAAAGAGAUGAGUUAGUUAAAUUAAGUGUUAAAUAUUCAUUAAAACAUGGUGGUAAAACGAAAGAUGUUCUAAUCGAUUCAAUAUUGGAAUAUCAAGAACAUAUCAAUGAUAUCAAAUCAAAGUUGGUUACAAACAACCCAAUCGAACAAUAUCAUCGUGGAACUGUUGAAUAUCGAUUGCCAACAUUGAUCAUCUAUCGAAUCAUUCGUGAUCUUUGGCAUGAAGAUACCCACUUGUGGUUGGACGUUAACGAUCUACCUAACAUCUACCGAUGGCUAUUAUCAAUUUCACUCGUUUCCAAAGAGUUUUUCAAAUUGAUAUCAUCAUUGUAUAAUCGAUUCUCAAACAACCGUAAUGCCCUACAGACAGACAAACAAGCAGUUUCCAUAGCACAACAUCUUAGAAGUAGUUUUUUUAGUCCAUAUUCAGUACUCAAGAAUAUCGGUGGUCUCAAAUUAUCAGCUAUGGUAUUUAAUGAGAUAACCAAGAAAACUAUCUGUGCUCCGUUUGAAUUGGGACUGAUCUUCAACAAUGUCAGACGUUUGUGUAUCUAUACCAUCAAUGGGGGUUGGAAAACAAAUUCAAUGCAAACACAACAAUAUAAAUUGAUCGUCCAAUACAUGCCUAAUAUCGAAUCAUUGUUAUUUAAUGAGUUGUCAAUUAGUUACGAGCAUUUAAAAUUGUUAAAAACAUUACCACGAUUGACUUCACUCGACAUUUCCAACUCUGAUAUCUUCACUAUCAAGAGUUUCACAUCAGAUCUACUCUCGAACUCCAUUAAGAAGUUGAAACUUCCAUUAUCAGACCAUUGUCCUUACGAGAGUAUACUUUCAGAUCAACAUCAACUCACCACUUUUGGAAUUGGAAGAAUCAGUCCACAACAAAUUCAAAAGAUAAGUGGUCACUUUAUGCAUUUCACCAAACUGAUUAUCAAAAGAAUCGAUAAAAGAAUGGCAGCCAUGUUCGAAGAACUAUUGUAUUUACCAGAUUGUAAAGUUCGAACACUAAUCACAAACUACAGGAAUGGAUGGAUCAAAAGAGUGGUCAACAAAAAUCAAACAAUCGAAACAAUCGAUAUCAAUUAUAGUCUAGACGAUACUUUCAGUUUGAUAUCGAAAUCAGCAACGAUCAAACGAUUCAUUUUCAACACCUCUUACCAUUUCUCAAAAGAUGAAUAUAAGUUGGUAACAGAGAAUCAAGCCACUGGAUUUGCACACAUCAAAUCAAAGAUUCAUCAUUUGAGAACAACCAGCUACGCAGUGAAGAUCUACAACGUUUCAAAGAAUCAAGAAGACAAUGCAGCUGUGGAGUCGAGAUAUCCUCAUCUCAAGUUUUUUUAUACAGAUUCACAGUUCUCUGGCCCUAGCUUUAUCGAUUCAGACUUCGAUUCAGAUUUCGAUUCAGAUUUUGAUUCAGAUUCAGAUUCAGAUUCAGAUAUAAAUAAUUAA